AUGUCCACCAACUUCAAGAAACUUGUUUCCUUCACUAAAUUUCUAGGCUCAAUCAUCGUCUUGGAUGCUUCCUCUGACGUCAUACAAACAGAGCUCACUCGUUCAACAACCCUGCGCUGUAGCUUAGAUGACACCACACCAUCACUGACCGCACCUGUGGUGGGUCGUCGUGACGUCACACAGACGGCCACUAAUGUGCAGUACGUCACUUCAAUUAUAUUGACGCGGAACACGGGUGAAACUGUCGCCAAGAUGACCGAGCAUGACCCUGCAAAGGCGUUGGUAGACCAGGCCAGUCUGCAGGUGUCCGGCGACCUCACGGUGACCUCAGAGCGUCGAGGGUACAUGGAGCUGACCUGGCAGUACCCGACCCAGAGACAGGCCGGUGACUACAAGUGUGAAGUGAACGCCAUUGACGAUAACGGCCAUAUCGUCACGUUUUCAACUUCGUUGAAAGUCAAUGUCACAACGCCAUCGGAGGACAAUUUGCUCAUCAAAGAUAUUUCUGUGAACAGUCGACUUAGAAAGAUCUAG